CAGGUUUGAAGCGAAAAUUAUGAAUGCUAAAAUAAAGUUAAUUGUCGUUAAUGUAUACAUAUAUCCAGCUUCUCAUUCACCAUCAUCAACCUUAUUAUCUUAAUUUCAUGAUACAUGGCUACAAUAUAUGAGAUUUUAAGAAAAUGUGGUGGACAGAGAAAAGUUUACCAGAUACCAAACAUGGAUGGAGGCACUGUAGAGUAGUUAGAAGCAUCGCGCAUGUCGCAUCUUGUCGUUGCCAAUAGCAACAGAAGGGUAAUUGAAAACUGUUGCUAUCAAUUGUGUUAUCUUGUGGCGCAACUAGUUGCUGAAUGUGCAAUAUACAUAGUCAUAUUUAUUUGUUUAAAACUUGAUUAAAUUUCCGUAUUGCAACGAAUACAUUGCGCAAGAUUAGUUUAUUUGAAUGGAUGUGUUCCAUUAUUUGUAAACAAUUUAACAAGAAUAUGCGAUUCCAAGCAUAAUUUAAAAAUAAAAACACUAGAAAACAGUUAUGUAUAUAGAAACAGUUGCUUUAUAAUUACAAUUCAAUAGGAAUCAGAGUCAGCAUUUGAAUUCAGAUAUUGAAUUCAGAUAUUGAAUUCAGAUUUAAAAUACACUAGCAGUCGAAUAAUACCUCGAUAAGUGUUUAGUCGGUGUUUUCUUACCAAUUUUUGUGUGAUUAGUUAAGAAGUUAGCUUAAUUUAGAAAAAAAAAGAUUUCGUGAAGGGAUUGAAAUGAUACGUUUUUUGAUUCACCACCCAUCAGAAGAGAUAACAAUCUUUUGCUUAAAUUCUUUUGACUAUUUCAAAUGUUGUCUUAACUUGUACCUACGUGUGAAAAAAUAUCAACCGGAGAACAUCCAGUAAUUAAAGAUUUUAAAAUAUUGAAAGGGUACCUUUUUGUAUGACAAAAAACUCGAUUUAAUACACUUAACAGUGGAUUGGAGGCUUUCUUACAGAGUGUUAAUUAUCUUUGAAAACAUAUGACACAAUGAUGGAUUUCUUAUUUCUGAAUUAUAUAUGAUUUAUCUAUAAAAAAGAUAAUGAUUAAAGAAAUUCUAAAGCAAAAAUUACCAAACUCAAUAUUUAAAAAAAGGUGGCCAGUACGUUUUUUGGGGGAUAAGCGAACUGAUUAUCAACGAAUUCAUUUACUCUCAAAAUAUUUCAAACUGUUUAAGUUUGAGAGCUACAUUUCUCGACGCUCACUAAUGGUCAAGGGGUAAGCCUCCUAAACUCUCAUGAUAGAUGGCGUGGGAUCGAUUCUCGGCUGUUUAAUGAACUUUUUGUCAAAUUUUCGAUCGCGAUUUAGUGAUUGCUGGCUACUGCUGCUUAGCAAAUGGCUUCCUUUUUUGAAGCCAACGUAAGCAUGAUAUGUUUUAUGGAAUAGAACAAUUUUAAACAAUUCGGUUUUUUUUUUGGUUUUGAGAUAUGACCUACAGGAAAAAAAAUCCAAUUUUUUUAUACUAAAUUCAUCAAAAUCGUGAAACUUAGAAUAGGAGUUAAUGUUGUAAGAACGUUUCACGGACAUCAUCGUUAAUCGUCGAGCUGAGUCGAUUGGUAUAUAUAAAGUGGGGUCUUGGACCCUUAAUUAAUGAUAUCCCCAACUGACUGUUCGCUGUGCCUUUCUGUAAGAAAGUCAAAAAACCUGUAAGUUCGAUAUCUUUGAUUUUAUUAUAUUUGCCAAUACGAUUGUGGAACUUCGAAAUUCAAAUUUCUCAUUCGUUUAACUUGAUGAAUACCACACUGGGCGUUCUUUAUCGGUCGAAAAAUCACUAUCACAAAAAAUAAAUCUCUUUAUCAUUGAUAAGGAUUAUAUUUUAUCAUAAAAACAAACCUACUUUGGAAGUUUAAACGAUCCGUCGAUACAGUCUCUGUGUAACUUCGAAAGAGAAAAGAGGGCAUAUAGGAUCCCACAAUAAAAUCGUGAAUGCGAGUGUCACGUGAAGAAUUUUCACUUAUUUUCAUUUGGAUCGAUUUUAACAUUUAUUGAACGAGAUGGCUGAUUUGGACGCAACACCAAAGACUAGUGAAAAGUUGUACCCACUUGCUGAACGUAAUCGUCGCGCUAAAAUGAAAUUUCUAUCUAGUAUGAAAGAUUUUUACGAGAAUAAACGAAAAGCAUCCUUGGAGUCAACUAAAUCUAAUGCCGAGAAAAACGAAAAGCGAAAGAUUGAUCUUUCGGUACCAGGUACUCCUGUUUCAACACGAUAUUUGUCUUCACUGUCAAGGGAAAAUGAUAACGAGGAAUUCGAGUUACCAGAAAAGAAUCAAGACGCGACGAAUGAAAUUAUCGUUAGUUCAUUAAUCAUCGAUAAGUUCCUACAGGACAUGAAAAAUUUGGACCCCGAAAAUAACCAUGAAAAACUAAAUUCGAAUAAAGUUAUCGGCGAAUCGUUUGAUGACGAUCAAACCAACACUCGGUCAGAAUGCAUUCAAAGUUAUUUCGAGAAAUCGCAAGAAAUACAAACUUAUCAUCGUUCUUUCAGCCAAGCUGCACAAACUUUACAUACUGCUCAAGUAAAAAGUCCCGUUGUGAAACGUUAUUUCGAUGAGUCUUCUGCCAAACAAACAUACAGCAGAGAUUUCAACGAGGCAUUCAAAGAAAUCGAUCCAAUAAUCCGAGAAGAGGACCCACUACAGCCUAAAGCUGCGAAGUUUAAAUAUUCCGUUCCAGGGACGCCUAUCAGCUCUAAGCAUUUGGAUAAAUUUAAGAAUAAGCAUUACAUAAGCGAUUCAUCUGACGAUGAGGAAAAUGAUGCCCCAAAGAAUGUUGAAGAUCCGUUAGAUAAAUUCAUUAUCGAAAUGGAGAAACUCAAGGAACUAAAAGAACAGAAUAAACAUAACAUCAAGAAAACUACGUUAACAAAUGAUUUUUGCGUUAACAAAUAUUUAGAAUCGUCCGAUACGGCAAAGGCUUAUUCGAGAUCUUUCUCUGAAGCAGCUCAAGAGCUUCAUUCUACGGAUGUUAAAAGCCCUACUGUUAAGGAAUACUUCAAUCAAUCUGAUGAACAAAAAACAUAUAGGCGGGAAUUUUCUGAAGUCUACCAGCAGUUGUCAAAGAGUGAUGAGCCUGGCAAAAGUGAAAACCACACCGAGCAUGAAGACCGAGAUGAUAAAACAGUAUCUUCAACAGUUGUUCAGGAUUACCAACCGAUAAGAUACGACUCUCUCGAAGAAUUGUAUGGGAAAUUCAAACCAGUGACCCUGGAAGAAAAACCAGAGCCUUCCAGUGGCUUUUGUGUUGAUUCCUACAUGACCUCAUCAGAUUCUAAAAAAUCAUACACGAGAACAUUCUCAGAGGCAGAGCAGACAUUGUUCUCAUCUGAGGUAAAAGCACCGGCUGUACGGAAUUAUUUCAACGAAUCAAAUGAUAGAAACACUUAUAGACGAGGAUUUUCAGAAGUAUAUCAACAACUUGGCGGGUCCGAUUUGUCACAUGAUUUGAAAAAAAUGGAUUCACCAUCAUCUGUAGAGGCAUCAUCUGACCAGUCGGAAUUCAACAUUAAAGAUACAUUACUUGACAAAUCCAGUAACAAACAUACAAAGCAUAGUAUUUCUGUUCCCGGAACACCUAUCAAUUCCCGGAAGCUAUUCCCGAAAGAAAAGGCACCACCGAUUGAUGUCCCGAAGGCCACCGGGAGUGUACUGCAAGCUGAUACUCUAAUAUCGCCUAGAUUGCACGAUGAUGAUUCCCGUGGUAUCGAAAAUGCAAUAAUAGCACCUGUCCCAGCAAGACGUUCGGCAUCAGCCGCCGAGAAUAGCCUAACAGAUGAGUUUUGGAAAAAAUUUGGAGCCGACCAUGCUUGAUUUCUAAGACAGCUUGCAGAAACUUUAGCUUAUAGAAAUAAAUUGCUUUUAAAUGUUUCUCUGAAACUUCCUUUUGAAUUAAAAGAAAUCAACUAUUAAAAGAUAGUAAACACAAGUAUCAAAAAACGUCACCGUGAAAUCAAAUUUAAAAACUUUUGUUCUAUUCAAUGAUGGAAUACAUGGGAUUUUGAACCUCUUCUCUCGAGUUGCUCUGUGUGGUUUUUCCCUGGAUUUCAUCUGUAAGUGUAUAUGAAAUUAUGAUAAUGAAUCAUGAAAACAACCUUUUCUAAGAUUGUUUUACCAGGUUGGUGAAACAACAAAAGUCAUCAAACUAAUUUUAGCAACAUGAUUCAUGUUAUUUUCUUCAUUUAAUCCUUUCAUAAAUAUCUGUCCGAACCUAUACCAUUUCGAUUUAAUUACAGACCUCUCUUGAUAUGGCCCCACGCCCGAAAACUUCGGGUUGCCAAAAUCGAUUAGAAAGCUUGUUAAUGCCGGUCCGGCAUAGAAUCUUAUACCUAUAAUUCCACCUCCAAGGAAGUUCAUUAUUGGAGUAAGUCUUAUUUGUGGAUGAUCGGUCACGCACAUUUUCUUUGCCGCGUGUAAUGUUUCAAAUGUUAAAGUCUAAGUAGCAUUUAGCUUGAUUAGAUUAGAAAAUGAUAUUCUAUCGCUAAAAGUAACCAGUUACUUCACAGAAUUUUUUUUGGCUUUUACGUGUCACUGAAACUGCUACCUUCCAAAUAAAUCAACUUGUAAUCAACAAAACCUGUAAUUUUAAAUUGUUUUCCUUGAAAGUCAACGAAGAUUCAUUUAUUAUUACAGCAAAUGUCCUGUAAAAAAGUUAUACACUGAAAAUUAAAUGUCACGUAAUUUGAUUUUCGACCUGUAAAAUAACGAUAAAUGUCCUGCUCCUCUUUGUUACAGGACAUUUGCGUAAUUUUACAGGAAAUAAUUUUUGCUGUGUUGAGGCUGUUUGCCAGGAAUCAUCAUUUUGUCAGUCAAUGCACUUUCAAAUUGUACUAAAAAAAAUCGCCAUACCGUACAGAAGAAGAAAAAGAUUGUAGUUUUUUUCUAUAAAAUCGAAACAGUGUCGAAAAGUGAAAUUUUUCGUUUUGAAAACAGUAUCGAAAAGUAGUACUUUUCGAUUUUAUUUUUUCUAGGAAGAGAAGUAGGUCUUCAAGCAACUAAAGUUUAUUUUGAAACAGAUAUUUAUGUAUCGAGUUGCAAAAAGUGGAUUUGCAAAAAGUGGAUUUUGUCAGCACACGUCGUAUAUUUAUCCUACGAGGCUUACCGAUUUGGAUAAUAACGUCGAGUGCUUGAAAAAAAACGAGUUGCAUACACAAUUUUAUGCCAAUUCUAGAAAUUCCCUUGACGAUUUACUAAUCAGCCUACAAUAACGUCUACAAACAACAACAUGUGGACGACCAUGCGAACGACUGUAAAUUUAUGAUCAAAUAGGUCGUAGAAUGUUCUUUUCGACACCGAAUCCAGUGCUGGAUAGUAGCACUUUUUGAUUCUGUUUUCAGUGUCGAAAUGUUCACUUUUCAACACCGAAUUGCAUAAAACUAUUUUGAUUCGGAGUUGUAAAAAUAUAGUUUUGAAAGCUGCUACAAAGAAAAUACUAAAAAUAACCGUUUCCGUCUACAGAGAAAUAGUUUUUUCUUAAAAACAUUAUCGGUACUGGGAAAAGUCGAGUGGGCGGUCGAAAGGCCCUUCAAACAUCCGCAAAUUAAGUUAGUUAUUGUGAAAAUCGAACAUUUUUCGCAUUCUACUAUUUUUUUUAUUAUUAAGGAGAACAGUUUUAAAAUGUAUUGGAAAAGAAAGUGACAUCAGUUUAUUUUUGUUACACAUGUUGAAGUUGAAAAUCCUCUCAACUGGUCGGUAGAUAGUAACUCGGCAAAUAUAGUGUUUAACAACCUUACCCCCUUCUCCGAUGACUACAAGGACAACAUAAUAUAAACAAUCAUAUGUAAUUGUGAAACUCUUAUUUUGAAAUUUCGAAUGAAACUAUUCCCCCAUGAUGAGUUUUAUUCAUCAGAGGUUAAUUUAUCGACGACCAAAGGAAAUUGAAGUAGAAGCUUUGAUAUUCAACAUUAACUAAAUGUGAAGAAAGCUACAUAUUUUUUAUUCAACACAAUAAUCGUUUGAGUGUGUUUCUGUACUCUGACAACAGAUUUUUUUCAUUCA